CCCACAUACGUCCCGACCCGAGGCGUGGAAAGGUCGUGACGCGCUGCUCGUUGGUCGUUGAACCGUACGAAUACGAUGUUCGCGUCCAGCACGCCGUCGUCGAGCAGCGAGAGUAUGUCGCGCGACGUUCACAUCGUCGUCGUCGUCACCAGCUCUCUCUCGUUGCUCUGCUGUCUUCUUGUCGUCGCCAGUUACGUCCGGAUCCCUCGUCUCCGGCUGCACCCGUCGCAGCUGCUAUUCUACAGGACUGCUAUGGAUCUCGUUCAGGCGAUUGUCGGCCUUGUUGUGUCGGCGUUGUGGCUGAGUAAUGAGAGACUCGAGUGUAAGGACUGUGUGGCGCCCAGUCUCAUCUACCAGGCAGCAAUUUUUGGUUCCGGUUGUUGGUAUCUCAUCAUGGCCGUCGACCUUUAUCUUGCCAUUCGAAACCCAUUUAGUUGUCAUGCCGACUACACCAGGUACUACCAUCUUGCCGCUUGGUCGAUGACUGCAGUGACUGUUUGUGUGCUCGGACUCACGCGUAAAUACGGGUCAGACAGUUAUGGUGUCUGCUGGAUUAGAGAUCACUCGUGCGACACUGUCAAUGGAACGAAUCAUAUGGCUAAUGGUACCGAAAGCAAUUUUUUUAUAAUUGCAGUCGGGAUAUAUUUUGGUCCAUAUCUUAUCGCCUACCUUGUAUCUUUGACGAUACUCAUUUUUGCUCACACCGCUCUUCGUAAAGGCCUCCCAAACAGCGACGAGAUCCGAAAGAGAGUUCUAAAGCAUAGCUUUAUGUACGUGUUCAUUUAUGCUCUGCAGUGGACCAUCUACGCUGGUCUGUGGUUUGCACAAGGUAUCAUAUUUCUUCACAGCAACGAAGAAAACCAUUUCAGCAUGAAACGAUUUUGGCUGGCAAUCAUUGCCGCCGGCGUGUUUGGGCUAAACGGAGUGUUGGACUCUUUUAUUUGGCUGUGGAGCGGUAAGUCGGUUUUUCGAUUUGGACACAAGGAUAGGAAAUCGAAGCACAGUCAACAGUCGAAUAUUUUAUCGGCUCGGGAACAACUGAAGUUACCGCUUAUUAGUGACCCCGGGAUUAUGGCUCGUCAGAAGGUAAACGCGGCUCUCCGUAGGGACGCCAUGGUGUGCACAAGUUUGGCGAUACUCGAGUCGGUAAACGUCGGCAACCCGUCUCGCGAUCGUUCCAAACGCAAUUCGACUGUCAAUCAAGAUUCCUUGCCUCGGCUCGAUUCUCAACGAAUAUACAAGAAAUGGAUUCGUUCGCCGGACGGGACGCUGUUCGAAUUCAAAGACUACGCUCCGGAAAUGUUUGCUCAGCUGCGACUCUUUCAGUCUGUUGAAGCAGAUUCGUAUUCGACUGCGUUUCGAAACAUAACGAAGCACGAUAGCGAGCAGGAAUUGUUGGAGAAGUUUAGUGACGGCAAGAGCGGUAGCUUUUUCUAUUUCUCACUCGAUUACCGUUUUAUUGUCAAAACCGUGACGAAAGCCGAGCUUCACUUUUUGCAACAGAUUCUUUCUCACUACUACCAACACAUCAAGAAUAAUCCCGAUUCUUUGUUGACUCGUAUAUAUGGAUUGCAUCGUAUUCGAUUGGCGGCUCAUCAAAAGUAUCUCUCUCUGGUCGUGAUGGGUAACAUGCUUCCACAUCCGACGGCCUGCCAGGUGCACGAAAAGUACGACUUGAAGGGUUCGAGUGUCGGGAGGCGAGUGUUGAAACGGAACGAGGCUGUCAAUGGUCUCGACUUAUCUAAGAAGACAUUGAAAGAUUGUGAUUUAGUUCGUAAAAUAGUGAUCGGGGAAUCGAACAAGACGAAGCUUAUGGAGCAGAUACGACUAGACGUCGAGUUUUUGGCGAGCGUCGGCGUCAUGGACUACAGUCUGUUGUUGGGAAUACACUUUUGUGGAGAGAGCGAGACCAAAGCGUUGACGUCAGUUCGGGAAAACGUAUCGGCGUCGCCGGACAGUGGACUCACUGGUUCGUCUAGCGGACAUGAAUCGUCUGAAAACAGCUUGUUCGACUCUGAGGCCGUUCGUUGCAACUCGGUCUUAGUCAACAGUAGCAUGGAACAAGAAGUACGAGAGAAAUAUCGUCCGGCACACUUGAAGAGAGGACUAAGAAGGCCGACAAAUUCCACACCGAGAGCGGUAACAAAGCGUACUAUCGAUACUCCGACGAAUUUUCUGAUGGCGUCAGAGAGGAGAUACAUGCCGUGGUUUCGUACGGAUGUGGGAGGUCUGAAGGGGUGGGACUCGCACAACCCGGAACGCCGAUGUGUCUACUUUGUGGGAAUCAUCGACAUUCUGCAACGCUACAACUGGUCGAAGAAAGCGGAGAGAUUCUGGAAGACUAAGGUAUUGUGUAAAGACGGCGACAAGAUCUCGGCUACGAAUGUACUUCAUUACUCUCACAGAUUUCUCGAGAUCGGCAGACAUUUUAAGUGAUUUUGUUAUCUCGUUGAAAUGUCCGACUGACCAGUUGUUUUGCUAAGUAAUCUAUAUUGGUUUGUAUUUGCAGAAUUUUGUUGUUGUUAUUAAAAGUUAACGAAUGCCACAGGCACUAACUUAA